UUUUUAUUUAAUCCAUUUUAGAAUAAGGCUGUAAAAUUUUGAAAAAACGGAAUGGGUCUGAAUACUUUCUGGAUGUGAGUCUGGGAGUUUCACAAUAAACUGCAAACUCACUCUGCUGUCUGCCCUAAUCUGAACUCACUCUGCUGUCUGCCCUAAUCUGAACUCUCUGCUGUCUGCCCUAAUCUGAACUCACUCUGCUGUCUGCCCUAAUCUGAACUCACUCUGCUGUCUGCCCUAAUCUGAACUCUGCUGUCUGCCCUAAUCUGAACUCUCUGCUGUCUGCCCUAAUCUGAACUCACUCUGCUGUCUGCCCUAAUCUGAACUCUCUGCUGUCUGCCCUAAUCUGAACUCACUCUGCUGUCUGCCCUAAUCUGAACUCAUAUGCUGUCUGCCCUAAUCUGAACUCACUCUGCUGUCUGCCCUAAUCUGAACUCUCUGCUGUCUGCCCUAAUCUGAACUCACUCUGCUGUCUGCCCUAAUCUGAACUCUCUGCUGUCUGCCCUAAUCUGAACUCCCUCUGAACAGGAUAUAGAGGGUGCCUCCCUGAUGCACCCUUCCCACUUUAUAGUUCACUACUUUUGACCAGAGCCAAUUCUACAGAAACAAUAACAGUGGCUGUCUUAAAAAUACUUCCUCAUUUAUGUUUUGAUUCUGAAACGGAAACACAUUCUAAGCUUCCGGGGUCAAGAAAAUGUUAGGAUGCGUCCCAAAUGCCUAUAGGCCCUGAGCAAAAGUAGUGCGCUAAAUAGGGAAUAGAGUUCCAUUGGGAAGUACACCCUGUCAGUGUGUUGUGAGGGCAUAUCUCUAUGCCUAACCAUGCUGUACCAUGCUUUACUCUUAGUCUCUACAUUAACUGUGUCGUUUAGCUUCUUCCUUGUAUACAAAGUAGCAGUUCUAGAAGAUGACAUCAACAAACUCAGAGGAGAUAUUUCAAACCUAAAGCCACAUUCUAAAGAAUCCCCAGACGGGAUGAUAACUGGUAUGUCCAGAACAUGGGAGAGAUCAAAGCAAGUGGCUUCCCUAAAUUCCCAGCAACAGAGACAGACAGAGAAAGACUCUCAGACUCUGUGUUCCUCGACAGCAUCCUCUCUGAGAUUGAAACGGGAGCAGGCCGGCUGUAGUGGAGGUACAGUAGUAGUUCAGCAGUCGUUUCUGCAGCUGUCAGCCAACACAAAGGAACAGCCAUUUGUUAGAGGAAAUGUGACGGUGAUUCCUUGGAUAGUUGCCUUGCAUCAAGGGGAGGCCAUCUCUUCCACUGGAGACAGAAUCAUCAUCCAACAGGAAGGCUUCUUCAUAGUGUUUGGCCAGGUGUUGUUCCAGAGUCCAGGCACCAUCAUGGGUCACAUAGUGCGUAGUCGAGGAACCGAUCAGAGAUCCACAGAGCUGCUCCGCUGUCUACAGGAGAUGCCCCAGACCAACUGUGCCAAUACCUGCCACACUGGAGGCAUGGUGAAGCUGGAGAGAGAAGACGAGCUGGAGCUGGUGAUCCCAGAUCGACCCCAAGCCCAGGUCUCCAUGGACGCAGACUCAACCUUCUUUGGCAUCAUACGGCUGAACUGACUACCAGGAGACAGAAGUCACCAGCAGGAGGUGUGGGACUUGAUGUCAUGAACAGGAUGAUGUCCUCCUCUGACAGGAUGAUGUCUUAUUGUUGUAACAACUUUCAUCCAUGGAGAGUUUCAUCCAUGGAGAGUUUCAUCCAUGGAGAGUUUCAUCCAUGGAGAGUUUCAUCCAUGGAGAGUUUCAUCCAUGGAGAGUUUCAUCCAUGGAGAGUUUCAUCCAUGGAGAGUUUCAUCCAUGGAGUGUGGAAGAUGGCUGGGAGCAGAAAUGUUAUUUUUCUGAACUAUUUUAAUAUGAUUAAUCUGACAAUAUGACAUCGACCUUGAAUGCUGUUGUGCUGAGUACGGGUGGUGUCCAGCGUACAUUAAAUGUUUGGUUUCCAUAUGUGUCAAUAGUUGAAGUGUAAUAAAGUAUUCUGCUUGUCCUGAU